AUCUUCUGCUGUAUGACUAAGAAGACAUCACUAUGAGUAAAUCAAAAGACAGCAGCCCCACAUUCUUCCUGGAGACGGAUGACCUGACAGAGGAAGAAAGGUCAAAGGCCAAACAGGUGAAGAAAGGCACCUCAAAGGACAAGAGGCCCAUGGAUUCUAAUUACCUGGAUGAGACAGAUGAGCCUGACCACACAAUUAAAUUUAAUCUACACUUUGACAGGGGAAUCAGAAAAGUGAAAGAGGAACCAGCUCAGCAGGACAGAGAGAGGUUUACCCUCAAGAGGCUGUUUGAUGCUGUGUCCAGUGGAGAUGUGUCUAAACUGCAGGGUUUACAUGAGUACCUGCACAAAAACAUGAAACGGCUCACUGACUCUCAAUGUAAUUGUAUUCAAGAACAAAUAUACA